AUGUCUGAUGUUGAGAACCCGCCAUCCCCUCCCGUCGUCGAGAUAGCACAGCCAGCUGAUCCAACACCCACCAAUGAGGAGCCACCCGUCCCUCCACCGCCAACUCCAGCAGCGGAGGAGGCGCCGCAGCCAAUUCUUCCAGAGGACACCAUGGCCAUCACGACGGAAGACGGCAAGCCUAUCGAGGCCAUCGUGACUGAAUCAGCUGAGGAAGGAGUUGCGACCGUCGAAGCUAUUCUCGAGCCCGAGCCAGAGCCCGAACCUCCUCAACCGGAAGAGGAGCCUCCGAAGGGGCCUGAACCUGAACCUGAGCCAGAGAAAGAGCCCGAACCUGAGCCUCCCGUCGAAGAGCAAGCGGAACCGGAACCGGGAACUCCUACUAAAGAGAAAGUCGAGGAAGAGCCCCAGUCUAAGCCCUCUCCUGGAAAGGAAGAGCCGCCUUUUGGGCCUCCGGUGGAGAGGAUAGCUGAUCCCGAACCAGAGCCCGAGCCUGAGAAGGAACCGGAGCCAAAAUCCGAGCCGGAAAAGGAGCCUGAGCCUGAAGAGCCGCUUUCUGCAGAGGUUGAGGCCGAAGAAGACCCUCCCCAGGAAGAAUCAGCUCCUGAGCCCGUUGAAAAGAAGGUCGAGGAAGAACCCCGGCCAGAGCUCGAACCCGCUGCCAAUGUGGACCCGUCCGUCGAAGAACCUGUUGAGGAAGAACCUCAGCUCGAACGUGAGCCGGAACCAGAGGCUCUCGCCGAAAAGGAGAAGCCCGAAACACUACCACCGAUCGUCGAAAGGAAGGCGGAAGAGGAAUCUCAGCCCGAACCUGAGCCGGGACCUGAGCCGGAUUCUCCUCUCGAGGAAAGGAAGGAAGGUUCACCCGCGGAAGAGGUGAAGGAAGAAGAGCCUGUUGUUGAAGCAGUGGAGGAACCGAAGGCUGAGGAGCCACCACCGGCCGAGGAAUCAAAGGCGGAAGAGGAGAAAGAGAAGCCUGCACCAGCGCCGGAGCCUCUCAAGCGCAAAAAGCGAGAUGCUGUGCGGGCCAAAGCUGUCCCCAAGUUCCCCAUCAAGCUCAUUGCGGGCAGGGAGAUUGGAGCUGCCGCAGUUUUCCUGAUGAAGGAGAAGGCCAAGGGUGUCGAUAUCAAGCCGCAGCUAGAUGCGCUGAUGAAAGGAGGUUGA